AUUUACGAGCAGAAAAUGAAGGCAACAAAAAUAACACUGGAGCACACAAGAAACGGCUAAUUGACUUGAUUCAUUUAAGUCGGUUAAACAGCAUGAAUUUAUUCAUUUGUUCCUUCUAUAAAAUUGUAAUUGGUCUAAAUUUGACAUAAAGUCGACAAAUUUUUCCCUUCAUAGAAGCUGUUGCUGGGAUUAUUUGGUUUGACACAAUAUUAAUAUAACCAAAAGAUGUCGCUGUUUAUAAUAGGACGCUUAUUCUAUACAUUGUCUGAAUGCAAUUAGGCUAUUGCCUCAAGGCAAUACCUACUGCGACUUUAAUGAAAAAAAUAUGUAGAAAUUACCAUCUCGCCUUAAUUAUGACUAGAGUAUAUUAUACAAAAUGGACACAUUACCAGGCCAAUGCAUUGCUCAGAAAUAUUUUUUUGCAUGAAACUGUUAAGAUAUUGCAGCUGGAAACAAAACAGGAUCGGACUAAAGGGUUGACAUCUUCUCAACCCGGAAAUUACACUCUGCAAGGCAGCCUGUCCAGCCAGCCAAUAGUGUAAAAAAAAAGAAAGAAAGAAACGCCUCCGCCAAUGACUCAAGCAAAGGACGGAGGUGAGAUUAACAGGGAUUCUCAGCGGCAGCGGUCCCAGUAGUAUAAAGGGAAAUAAUCGCAAUGGGCACCACCGACUCAAAACUGAACUUCAGGAAAGCAGUGAUUCAGCUGACAACCAAAACACAGCCAGUGGAAGCCACAGACGAUGCCUUCUGGGACCAGUUCUGGGCAGACACUACCACCACAGUCCAGGAUGUUUUUGCACUGGUGCCAGCUGCAGAGAUAAGAGCCGUUCGAGAGGAGUCCCCCUCAAAUUUAGCAACCCUCUGUUAUAAGGCCGUGGAGAAGCUGGUGCAGGGAGCAGAGUCUGGCUGCCCUACAGAGAGGGAGAAGCAGGUGAUCCUGAACUGCACUCGCAUCCUGACCCGCAUCCUUCCGUACAUCUUUGAGGACCAGGACUGGAGAGGAUUCUUUUGGUCAACAGUGCCUGGUGCUGGGCGGGCUGGGACAGAUGAGCUGGAUGAUGAUGACGGAGCUCGACCACUGGCUGAGUCACUGCUCCUGGCUAUUGCUGACCUGCUCUUCUGCCCUGACUUCACCGUGCAUAGCCACAAGAGAGGCCCUGACUCGGUAGAGAACAUGCAGUCUAUAGACAGCUGUGAAUACAUCUGGGAGGCUGGGGUGGGCUUCGCGCAGUCCCCCCCUCUUAAUUACAUCCAUGACUUGAACAGGACAGAGCUGCUGAGAUUGUUACUAACCUGCUUCUCCGAGGCCAUGUACCUGCCUCCUUCAACAGACAACAAUGUCCUCAACCCCUGGGUGACAUUCUUCUGCUCCACAGAAAACAGACAUGCCUUACCCCUGUUCACCUCUCUGCUCAACGUGGUGUGUGCCUAUGAUCCAGUGGGCUACGGCAUCCCGUACAACCAUCUGCUCUUCUCUGACUACCGGGAGCAGCUGGUGGAGCAAGCCGUACAAAUCCUCAUUGUGACGCUGGAGCAUGAUGGAGGGGUUCCCCACCGGCCUCCCUCUCCAUCCAGCAUGGAGGAACAAGAGUCUACAGGUCCUGAAAACCUGUUUGUCAAUUAUUUGUCAAGGAUUCACAGAGAGGAGGAUUUUGACUUUGUACUGAAGGGCCUAGCUCGUCUGCUGACCAACCCUUUGACUCAGACUUACCUGCCCAACUCCACCAAGAAGAUACAGUUCCACCAGGAGCUUUUGGUGCUUUUCUGGAAGCUUUGUGACUUCAAUAAGAAAUUCCUGUUUUUUGUCCUGAAGAGUAGUGAUGUCCUGGAUAUUCUGGUUCCUAUACUCUACUACCUUAAUGAUGCCAGGGCUGACCAGUCCCGUGUUGGACUCAUGCACAUUGGUGUGUUCAUUUUGCUGCUGCUGAGUGGGGAGAGAAACUUUGGCGUGCGCCUGAAUAAGCCCUACUCCAUCCAUGUGCCUAUGGACAUCCCGGUGUUCACAGGGACUCAUGCUGAUCUGCUUAUAGUGGUCUUCCACAAGAUUAUUACCACUGGCCAUCAACGUCUCCAGCCCCUAUUUGACUGCCUCCUCACCAUUGUUGUUAAUGUGUCUCCCUAUUUGAAGAGCCUGUCCAUGGUAGCAGCCAAUAAACUGCUCCACCUGCUGGAGGCCUUCUCCACCAGCUGGUACCUGUUCUCUGCAGCCCAGAACCAUCACCUUGUAUUCUUCCUCCUCGAGGCAUUUAACAAUAUCAUCCAGUACCAGUUUGAUGGAAACUGUAACCUGGUGUACGCAAUCAUCCGCAAACGUAAUGUGUUCCACCAGCUGGCAAACCUGCCAUCUGAUUCUGCUUCCAUUCAGAAGGCUUUGCAGAGAAAGAGGAAGUCUCCAGAUGUCAUUUCCCGCACCAGUUCCCAGGAGACUGUAUCUAUGGAGGGCUCUCACCCUGCAGUGCCGGCAGAGCCUGGUACACUGAAGACCAGUCUGGUUGCUAUGCCAGGUAUUGAUAAACUGACUGAGAAGUCCCAAGUAUCAGAGGAUGGCACCAUGGUGUCAGUCCCAAAGACAGACUCCUCACACACAGCCCCCUCAGACCAAAGUGCAGUCGUCGGGACCAGUGACACCGAGUCAAACUCAGGCAGAGACAAUGAAGAUGUUUUCUACACUGAAGCAGAAAUGGAGAGAAGACGUUUGUCAAGUGCAUCUUCAACAUCAUUUUGGGCUCCAACACCUGAAUGGGUCCUCUCCUGGAAGUGUAAGCUUCCCCUGCAGACUAUCAUGCGUCUGCUACAAGUGCUAGUUCCCCAGGUGGAGAAGAUCUGCAUCGACAAGGGUCUGACAGAUGAAUCUGAGAUUCUGAAGUUUCUUCAGCAUGGCACAUUAGUGGGUCUGCUGCCAGUUCCUCACCCCAUCCUCAUCAGAAAGUAUCAGGCCAACGCAGGCACUGCCAUGUGGUUUCGCACCUACAUGUGGGGUGUUGUCUAUUUGCGCAAUGUGGACCCUCCUAUCUGGUAUGACACUGAUGUCCGCCUUUUUGAAAUUCAGAGGAUGUAGGCGGAGCAUUUUCUGACUGAAAUGGGAUUGUUCAACACCAGGAUUCCUCUUCCCUUCAGUAUCUGCUGGUUUCCCAGUAAACCUCACUGUGUUUAUCUUGCCUAAUAAUCACCAUCAUAAUGCUUGCCCCGUACACCACGGACUUUGGUAGGAAAGUCAUUCAGACUAGUGAGGUGGAGAUACCUGUCAGAUUGAAAGGAGAAAUUAUCAAUAUUGUCCAUAAACUACUGUGUUUGUACAUUUCUUCAGACCUCAAGACCGCAGAAUGUCUGUCAAAGCACUGAGAUGACUGGAGCGUUUGCCGAUGGCUCUUUUCUUGACAGCAUAGAUAUGAGAGGGGAAAUAUUGUUUAAAUUUUCAGUUAGGCUUGCUAUAGACGAAGUGUGGUGCUUUCCACCAGAGGCUUGCUACACAUCUUGGACGGCACAAUAUUGGUGUUUCACGUUAUUUGUUGUACUUGCCAUGCUUUAAAGUGAACUUGCACUCUUUGAGUUGUCCGUUAUAAUGGUUGUAAUUUAUGUGACAAUGUAACUUUACAGGAUUUUGGAGAUAAUACAGAUUGUAUGUUUUUAUGUAUAAGACCAGGUUUCGGUUUCCGAUCUGGCUGGCUAUGCUUACAAUGCUUGAUGUUGAAAAUUGUAUUUUCCAUAAAUUAUCCUGAAAAUAUA